GUUGAGUGUUGGUGAUGUUGCUCUGGCAACCCAACCACAACAUGACAACAAUAACAAACAACAACAAAGAGAACUAAUUUGAAUGAUACUGAGCUCUUGUUACUCCCUGGAAAAAUCAUAAUAUUUCUGUAAUAUCACAAUGACUCUUUAUUUCGAAAAUGCUUUGAGAUCAGGCGAACUGAGUUCAAUAAGCUUGAACGUUAAAUGGCACCCUAAUGCCCCAUUCCUAGCAGUUGCAAGUUUUUCACAAGAGAAAGGAGGGUUUGUAACAGUGUUCGAUGAAUUGGGUGAUUCGCUCAAACAAGAUAACUACCCAUACCAUCGUAACUACCAAAUUACUUCUUUCUCCUGGCAUCCAGAGAUAAUCAGUCUAGCCACUGGCUGGGAGAACGGUGAACUCAAAAUUUGGAAUGAAUCAGAAAAUGACUUCUUAAACUUAACCGGUCUUCACAAAUCACCCCUUACACAUGUGGAGUACAGUGAGAAAGGAGGUCGAUUGAUAUCUUGUGACUCUAGUGGUUCAUUAGUGGGUUGGAAGGUGGAUAAUAAGGGUCAUGUUGCUACAGUCUUUCAUCUUGAUCUAAAAGAAUGCAUCACACAUGUCACUUUUCGAAUGACCAUAAAGCACCCAGAAUUUGAUGUUAAAGGAUUAGCAAAAGCAGCUGUAAAUGGGGACGAACAAGCUCUGGAUAUCUUCAGUAACUGGAGGCCGAAAACAACAGCAAGAAAGUUCAGAGUUCAGGAGGGUUCAGACAAUACAUGUUUUUUUGUUGGAACACAAGUUGGGUCUCUAUAUUACGUGAACAGCAGUGGUUCAUGUUCAGAAGUAUUGAAUACAGAGGGUGUACCAUUAACAAAUGUCCUAUAUCAUCACUCCAAAGAUGUGGUGGUGGUCAUGAUGGAAGGUCUGACCAUUGGGCAUUUUUCUGUGGAUCAUCAAGGCAACCUCACAGAAGUAGCUAAGGUCAAACUAAAUGGUAAAAUUCAAGGUCGCAGUGAUUUUAGUCAACGAAUCACAUGGGCUAGUGGUGAUUCCCUGGCAAUUUUAACAGGUGACUUAACAGUGAGGAUUUGGAACUUUGAAACAAAUGAUAACUUCAUAAUGCCAACUACCAUGAAACUUUACGUGAAUGAGGAGAAAACGCGAUCUACCAAUGAGAAUUUUUGUUGCAUUUCCUAUUGCAAGUUGAACCAAACCAUUUGCGCUGGGACGAACUUGGGGAGGAUUUUUUUCUGGACUAAAAAGCAAAUAACAGUAGAUAAUGAUGCUAACGAGGGACUUUGGGAGUUGAACAACAUCAAUAAUAUUGGGGGCACUGUAAAACAUUUGGUCUGGGGAUCCGUUCAACUCAAACUGCCCUUAUUAUGUGUGAAUUGUGUAACUUCUGUGUACAUAAUGAAGGAACAGGAUAUUGGAACAGCUUUCUCCCCUAGAAUCUGGGCCACACAAAAGACGGCUUCCCAGGUGCUGUUAGAGUCAGAAAAAGGAGAUUACUUGCUUUCUGUUGAGCAUCAAGUAACGGACAUGUCUAUAAGCGAAAAAAAUUUAGUAUGCACCAACGGUAGAAUCGUCUCGUCUUUCAAGAUAACAUGGGAGGAAAAUUCAAUUUCUACCUCUAAGGCCUCUGAAAAGUCUCAGGUCUGUGAUUUUUCAAUUGAAAAACUGUCAGGAUUCAACUGCGACAAUGACUUUAUCAUAAUCUACGAUGCCAAUAUUAUCAUUCUUACACAAAAAGGAGUUUCCAUCAGAGAUUUAUCUGGAAAUAUUGUGCACAAUAUUUUAAACAAUUCUUCGGAGGGUGAAGCCAUUGGUAUUGAUGUGAACUCUAAUUACCUCACAGUUUUCACAUUAGAGGGAUAUCUCAAAAUAUAUGACUUAUCUGAUACCCAACCAAAACUUCUGAUCCCUGCACAAAAUCUGAUGGAUAUCACAUCAGAUUUCGGCGAGAUUAUUCAAGCUAAAUGUAAUUCCAAGGGUACCCAAGUUGCCAUGACCUUGGCUGGUACGAAUCUCAUACCAGAUGGAAAACUAUACAUUUGGGAUAUAGACAGUAACACCUUGUUCGACUAUGACUUUCGUAAAUCUUUCCACGAAAAUGAGUUGUCAGAUAAUGAUGAAGGAGACGAGUCUCCAAGAAAAAUGAGUGAAGACAAGGUAAACUCCAGUUAUGCAGAAAUUUGCCAGAAUCGAAUACCAUUGUCGUUAUUUUGGGAUAGGAAUGACCCAAGACUACUCGUUUGUAAUGCUAAGAGGCUCAAGUAUGGAUCGACGAAGAAAAAACCCAAGAAGACUGGAACAGAACAUAAAAAAUCACUGCAGGAUGAAGACCAUAUUAUCAUCACCAUAUUCGUCUCGUCUGAAACUGGUAUCAAAAUGCAUGAUAUACAAGCGAUGGAUGUAGAAUCGAGACUAAUAGCACUCUCAACACCUUAUAUCGUUGUUUUGGAAAAACUUGCCCUGAUCAAAGAAGUAUUGAGCGAUUUUGUUGGAUUAGAAAAAUGCGACAAGAUAACUAAAGAAGCGGUUUUAGAUUUCAGUUAUUAUCUCAGUUUAGGUAAUAUGGAUGCAGCAUUCAAAUCGAUCAAACUGGUGCAAAGUUCGGGAGUUUGGAAUAGCUUGGCAAGAAUGUGUGUAAAAACCAGGAGAUUAGAUGUCGCUGGAGUUUGUUUGGGUCAUAUGGGAAAUGCCAAAGCAGCAAGAAACUUGAGAUUAGCCAUGGCAGACUCGAGUUUGCCUAUUGAAGCUCAAGUUGCAGUGUUAGCUAUCGAACUGGGAAUGCUAGAUGAAGCUGAACUCCUUUACAAACAAUGCGAAAGAUAUGAUUUGCUGAAUCAACUAUAUCAAGAUCAGGAUAAAAUGGAGUUGGCAUAUUCCGUCGCUUCGACAAAAGAUAGAAUUCAUUUGAGAAAUACAGAGCACAUGUGGGCAAAGUCUCUCGAACUAGCUUGCGAUUUCAAGGAGGCUGCAGCCAAAUACGAAAAGGCCAAUACUCAUAGAGUUGAGGUUCCCAGGAUGCUGGUAGACCAGCCUGAAGAGCUUCAAAACUAUAUGACCAAAACCAACGAUCCAGAGCUACUGAAGUGGUGGGGAAAAUACAUAGAGUCUCAAGGAGAUAUGCCGACAGCAUUAAAAAUCUACUCUAAAGCAAACGAAAUAUACUCCCAAGUUCGUGUUUUGUGCUAUUUGGGUGAAGAAUCAAAGGCUGCAGAACUAGCGAAACAGUCUUCAGAUAAAGCAGCUUUAUACCAUAUGGCUCGACACUAUGAAACAGUUGGCAACAACGAAAACGCCAUCAACUUCUUCAUAAAAGCAAGCGCCUACAGCAAUGCUAUUCGUUUAUGCCGAGAAAACCAUAUGGCCGAUGAAUUGUGGAACAUUGGGCUGGUUUGCUCUAAUAGCGAAAAAAUCGAAUGCGCGAGAUAUUUCGAAGAGAUUGACAACUUGGAAAAAGCAGUAGUCCUUUAUCACAGAGCAGGAAUGUUGCACAAGGCGUUAGACCUAGCAUUCAAAUCCAACCAAUACGAUAUUUUGCAACAAAUAGCUACUGAUCUAGAUGCUGAUUCCGAUCCCGCCCUGGUUCAGAAGUGUGCAGAUUACUUUGUUAAUAAUGAACAGUUUGAUAAAGCGGUGGAUCUUUUAGCUAUUGGAAAAAAGUUUCAAGAAGCCAUUGCUAUCUGUACUGAACGUAAUGUGCAGCUCACUGAGGAUUUGGCAACAAAAUUGACUCCAGAGAAGGAUCAAUUGGAUGAGGACAGCAGAAAUCAGAUACUCGAGGUAUUAGCCGAAAGUUUGAUGCAGCAAGGGAGCUAUCAUCUGGCUGCACAAAAGUUCACGCAGUCUGGAGACAAGAUAAGAGCAAUGAAAGCUCUCUUAAAAUCAGGAGAUACCGACAGGAUCAUAUUCUUCGCAACAGUUUCAAGAAAGAAGGAAGUCUAUAUAAUGGCUGCUAAUUAUUUACAGACCGUGGAUUGGCAAAAUGAUCCUGAAAUUCUCAGAAACAUCAUAACCUUCUACUCAAAGGCUAAGGCCUUUGCAUUAUUAGCUAAUUUUUAUGUGGCUUGCGCUCAAGUGGAGAUCGAUGAAUUUCAGAAUUACGAAAAAGCCUAUGAAGCCUUCAUGGAAGCCGGUGCUUGUCUCGCAAAAAUAACCGCUCCAAAAGAUCCCAAACAACAUGAGCGAAUAACAGAGGUCAUAAAACGGAGGAGUGCAAUCAUAAAAAGAUUUGUGGAUAUAAAGAAGAUCUUUGAACGGGGUGACGUUCAAACAGGUUUGACACAAUGCCGGCAACUGUUAGAACUGGAAGCUGAAGAUUUGGAGGCUGCAGUUAGAAGAGGUGAUAUAUACGCUCAAAUGAUUUACCACAAUAUGAAAAGUUCAAACUUCUUGGGUGCAAAACAACUUUUCGACGAAUUCAAGCAAGUUCUCAAUGCCUCUUCUAACAAUACGAUCACAUACUACUUGAAUAAAGAACUUCUGGAGGCUUUGGCCAAAGGACUGAAUGUACCUGUUUCUGUUCUUGUUCCGUCUUUAGCUAAAGUUACUCCUCCGGAUAAGGAUGAUGGUGAGAUUGAAGAGGCUAUUGAAGAAUAGAAGACUGAAAAUGCCUUAUCGAUGAAAAAAAUUUGCAGAUAUUUGAAGUAAAGAUUAUUGUUAAUUAUAGACAUACUUAAAAUUUA